CAACCGUCGUGCCGCGUCUUCCUGAGGGAGCUCUGUCAGCCCGAGGAUCCGGUCGCCCGCUCCCCACUGCCCCGCGAUUUUCGCGUGGGCUUAGAGGCGGAGGGACAACAAAAAAUGGCGGAGCGGAGCCAGACGGCGCCUGAGGCAGGCUAAGUUGAAAAAACCCACCAAGAGAGGCAAUGAUAUGGGAAAUGAAGAUGCCAUCGGAGGGAAUGUGAGCAAAUAUACGGUGCUUCCAUCUGGAUACUGUGGACAGCCCAAGAAAGGACAUCUUAUCUUUGAUGCUUGUUUUGAAAGUGGUAACCUUGGACGGGUGGACCAGGUCUCUGAGUUUGAGUAUGACUUGUUCAUUAGGCCGGAUACCUGUAAUCCACGCUUCCGAGUCUGGUUCAACUUUACUGUUGAAAACGUGAAAGAAUCACAGAGAGUCAUCUUCAACAUUGUUAACUUCAGUAAAACCAAGAGUCUUUAUAGAGAUGGAAUGGCCCCUAUGGUGAAAUCUACUAGCAGACCCAAAUGGCAAAGGCUGCCACCUAAAAAUGUUUACUACUACCGGUGUCCGGACCAUAGGAAGAAUUAUGUGAUGUCCUUUGCAUUUUGUUUUGACCGAGAAGAAGAUAUUUACCAAUUUGCUUACUGCUACCCAUAUACAUACACACGCUUUCAGCAUUACCUUGACAGCCUGCAAAAGAGAAACAUGGAUUACUUCUUUCGGGAGCAGCUGGGUCAGAGCGUGCAACAGCGGCAGCUUGAUCUCCUGACAAUCACCAGCCCUGAAGACAAAUCUGACCUUGAAAACAGUGUGAUGCAGAAGAAAAUAAAAAUCCCCAAACUUUCUCUCAAUCACGUAGAAGAAGAUGGUGAGGUUAAAGAUUAUGGGGAAGAAGAUUUACAGCUUAGACACAUCAAGAGACCCGAGGGGCGGAAGCCGAGCGAAGUGGCGCAUAAGAGCAUUGAGGCAGUGGUGGCCCGGCUGGAGAAGCAGAACGGCCUGAGCCUGGGCCACAGCACGUGUCCAGAGGAGGUCUUCGUGGAGGCCUCGCCGGGCACAGAGGACAUGGACAGUCUGGAGGACGCUGUCGUGCCCCGGGCUCUGUAUGAGGAGCUGCUGCGCAACUACCAGCAGCAGCAGGAGGAGAUGCGCCACCUCCAGCAGGAGCUGGAGCGGACUCGGAGGCAGCUGGUCCAGCAGGCCAAGAAGCUCAAGGAAUACGGGGCUCUCGUGUCUGAAAUGAAGGAGCUCCGUGACCUCAACCGGAGGCUCCAGGACGUGCUGCUCCUGAGGCUUGGCAGUGGUCCCGCCAUUGACUUGGAAAAAGUAAAGUCAGAAUGUCUCGAGCCCGAGCCGGAGUUACGGAGCACUUUCAGUGAGGAAGCAAAUACGUCGUCCUAUUACCCCGCUCCUGCACCUGUCAUGGACAAGUAUAUCCUAGACAAUGGCAAGGUCCAUCUGGGAAGCGGGAUUUGGGUUGAUGAGGAGAAAUGGCACCAGCUACAAGUAACCCAAGGAGAUUCCAAGUACACAAAGAACUUGGCAGUCAUGAUUUGGGGAACAGAUGUUCUGAAGAACAGAAGCGUCACAGGAGUUGCCACAAAAAAAAAGAAAGAUGCAGUCCCUAAGCCACCCCUCUCGCCUCACAAACUAAGCAUUGUCAGAGAGUGUUUGUACGACAGAAUAGCACAAGAAACUGUGGAUGAAACUGAAAUUGCACAGAGACUCUCCAAAGUCAACAAGUACAUCUGUGAAAAAAUCAUGGAUAUCAAUAAAUCCUGUAAAAAUGAAGAACGAAGGGAAGCAAAAUACAAUUUGCAAUAAACUUUGGAUUUUUCAUAAAGCCUUAUCGUUUUUCUUGCGUGGCUUGUGAUUUGCGGGCAAUGGUGCUGUCCAGUUGAGACCCCACCGUGCGUGGUGGCAUGUGGGCAGGGAGCCAGCAGGCUUCCAGGGUCGUCGGCUUGCCCUGAACUUGGACUUCCCAUUCCAAAGAAGUCAAAUGGAUUUGCUGAGACUCAGGCAGCAACUUGGCACCAGUGUCAUUCUGGGGAUGGGGAAAGCACUGUCUUUUUUGGAGGGGGAUAAAGUGUCUCUGAGUUGCCUAUCACUUGACUGAGAAUUUGAACUAAUAUUUUUACCAUUCAAGGACUUCUAUCUCUGUUCCUCUAUUUUGUUCUAUAAUAAAGCUUCAUUAAUUCUUUGA